CUCUUACGUAAAUGCCCUGCUUUGGUCAACUCUGAGGAUCAUCAAACUGAAUUUUGCAACCUCUGACCUUUAAGUUCACUUCCAAGUCCAGCUUAGUCAGUAGCAGUAGAAGUGGCAGUGAGUGAGUGAUUGGAGAUGUCAAGCUCUGAGUGCUUUGAGAAUCCACCCACCUUGUUGAGCUCAACAAGCAGUGGAGUUGGAACUGUUCAAGAUGUGGGUGGCCUCAAAUCCUAUGUCACAGGCUCACCUCAUUCCAACCGUGCUAUCCUUUUCGUCUCCGAUGUGUUUGGAUACGAGGCUCCAAAAUUAAGGAAGCUUGCAGAUAAACUUGCAGUAGCUGACCAAUUUUUGGUGGUGGUUCCUGACUUUUUCUAUGGAGAUCCUCUUGAUCUUAAUAACCCUGAUCGCGAUGGAUGGCUAAAAGCUCAUAAUAUGGAAAAAGGGCAUGAAGAUGCCAAACAAGUGGUUGCUGCUCUAAAGAGCAAAGGUCUUUCUGCCAUAGGUGCUGCUGGAUUUUGCUGGGGUGGAAAUGUUGUGGUCAAAUUAGCCGGUUCUACAGACAUUCAAGCUGCUGUUGUAUUGCACCCCGGCCAUCUUACAGAUGAAGACAUCAAUGAGGUAAAAGUUCACAUAGCCAUAUUGGGAGCUGAGAGGGACAAAAUUGCUCCUCAAGAGCAUAUAAAACAUUUGGGAGAGAUUUUAUCAGCUAAAUCUGAGUUUGAUAGCUUUGUGAAGAUAUUUCCUGGGGUGGCUCAUGGGUGGACAGUGAGGUACAAUGACGAAGACCCUUUUUCUGUCAAUAGUGCUGAAGAGUCUCAUUUGGACUUAACUAAUUGGUUCACCAAAUAUGUCAAAUGAAACCGUACUGCCUCAUAGCUCAUAUCAGAAUCCAUAAAAAAUAAAAAUAAAAAAGGGACCUAUAAUUAGAAGUACUGAAACUGGUCAUGAAGGGUUUUUGUUUUAUAUGUAAAAAAAGAUUGGCUAGCCAGCCAUGCAGAUGCAUGUAAAAUUAUCAGGAAUAUGAAUAUUUAUAAGAGCUGGUAGCCAGCCAUGCAGUGCUCAACAUCUAAACUAGUACAUCAUAAGAGUUAAUUAUAAGUGAAUUCAGUAUGUCUUUCAGCAUUA